AUGACAUUUCCAACCACAGAAGAAGUCAACUUUGCCCUCCGGUUUGAAACUUUUGACCUGCUACCCUAUGGCAAAGAGUCAAGCUGCAAUUCUAAAAAUAUCCUUGAAGGCUACGUCAGUACAAAGACCGGUUAUCGUUUGCCAAAUGUCCACACCUUACAUAACCAGGUUCACAUAGUCGUGGGUGGAGCCAUGGGAGAUGUAUCUUCUGCGUCAAACGACUUCAUCUUUCCUCUUCAUCAUUCCUUUGUGGAUCGUAUUUAUGAGAAAUGGCUUCGCAAGUUCGACAAUGCACUCAUCGGACACAACAAAGAUGACGUCAUUGUAGCACUUUAUCCUGUGUAUACUCAUCAACAGAUGUUUAA